GCCAGCGAAGAUGAACCUGUCUUUUUGUCACAUUUGUCUUAAAUUACAAUUUAAAUAACACAUAAAGUUUACAUAAACUAUAAAGAUGCCUUGUUCUUGGCCAGAAAACAAUCCUGAAUCUUUAGAAGAUCUGUGUAUGAAAGUAGCUGUGAAAAAUAUUCAUUCUUUUGCUGAAAAAUUACACAGUGGCUACAGACUGAAGGAAGGCAUCUCCUUGCAGCAUCCCAGCUUGUGUGAUAAAUUAUUCCAGUCUAUGUAUGAAGAAUACCCAAAUGAUUUAGCAUGGCUGUCAAUUUUUAAGGACACAUCUUUUACAAGAUUAAACAGAGUGGACUUGUCUUGGCGUUCACUUGAAGCAGACUCAUUGAAUUUUGCAUGUGGACAUCCUGUUCGUGAAUUAAACCUCUCCCAUUGCAAUCUUGAUGAGGGUCAUGUAAGGAUAAUUAAUAAACUCGGGGGAACACUUUUAUCACUUAUAAUUGGUGAUGCUUUUGAACUCAUAAAGAAUCUGAUUGGUAAAGUGGAUUUAAUGGACUGUGAUUUAGCCCCAAAACUUGAUGGCAAGGAUGAGAACAAAUUCGGCCUAGAUUACAUCUUCAAAUGUCCAAACCUUAGGAAAUUAGUAAUAAGAGAUGCUUUAUUUGAAGACAGUGAUGAUCAGAAUGAUCCAAGUAGUGGACACAGUGUUUUAGCAGCCAUUUUGUGUCCCUUGAAAAAUUUGACAUAUUUAGAUUUAUCAUCUUGUGUCAUUGACCUUGAGUUUAUGGACUGUCUCGAGGAACUGGAAAAUUUACUCUCCCUUGACUUAAGUUGCAUAAGCAUUGAAAAUUUGCAGGAAGCUUUAAAAAAUAUUUGCAAAGCCAAAAAAUUGAGACAUCUAGACUUAUCAGGAACGGAGGAAAAUCCAUGUUACCACAAUAACCCUGAACAGUGUGUGAAGUACAUGGUAGAAAACUUACCACACUUAACCUCUUUGGAUAUUUCAGGAACAAAUUUGGCGAGUUUUAAAAUGCAAGCAGAAAAGAGGGAUUGUUGCAUCCCAGGACUUGAAGGGAAACAGCUGGAAUUUCUGGGCCUGCUAGACUGUCCUGACAGUCCUUGUGAACGUGCAGAUAUACCAGCAAAAAGGGUGACUGGUAGUCACACAGAAGCACAGAUUUUGCUAGCGCUGCGUCUUUAUAAAGACAAAGAACAUCUCCUCACCUCGGCCCUGAAUCAUCUUUUUCAAAUGCUUCGUUAUGAAGAAGUGCAUGAUCAAUGUCAGGCAUUAGAGUCAACUGUAGCUGGGAUGAAGCAUAACUGGAAAAAUAAGCAGGUCCAGAUAUCUGGAAGUGCUGCACUAUUCUAUAUACUUAAAGGAGUGAACAGAGAAAAAGUCACUCAGCUUCAGAGAAGGAGAGUUAUUUGGAUAUUGUUGGAUGCUAUGGAAGAACAUAGAUUGGAUAAAACAGUGCUGAGAAAUGUGCUGCUGAAUUUUUGUAGCAUGAACCUCCCUGAAAACAUGACCUUCUGUCAUCGGCGUAUGACCAAGAAUUUGAUGGAGGUCGUUGCCUCUGAGACACAGGAAGAAUUCAUUCAGAGGCUGGGAAUUAUUCUGUUGAACUGUAUUGCUUGCCAGGUGGACGGGGAGGAAAAACUGACAUUCGGAGAGCUGGGGGCUAUAGAGGCCAUGCUGAAAAUUAUAAAAAGAAAACUGGCAUUGGAGCAAUGUGACGAAAAUAUGGAGGUGGCCUGGAGCAUGAUGUGGAACAUCACAGAUGAGACAGCUGAAAAUUGCAGGAGAUUUAUAGACAAUGAUGGUCUAGAAUUAUUCAAAAGAUGUCUGAAGAAAUUCCCCAACAAUGAAGAACUCCUCAGAAAUAUGAUGGGUCUUAUGGGAAAUAUAGCUGAAGUUAAGGAACUUAGAAAGCAACUUAUGAGGGGAGAUUUCUUGAUCAUGUUCUGUGAGUUAAUGGAGUCAGAAAAAGAUGGGAUAGAAGUAAGCUACAAUGCUGUAGGAAUAUUUUCCCACAUCACAGCAGAUGGGAAUGAAGCGUGGACAGUCAUACUUCCGACCAGGGCUCAAGUAAUGAUGAGGAUGAUCAAAGCCAUAGAGAGGUGGCCGCUAGACAGCAAGAGGAAUAUAAACUACAGGUCAUUUGGGCCAAUAUUAAAUCUUCUGAAGACUUCUACCCCAGCUGCACAGUACUGGGCAGUAUGGGCCCUGUGCAACCUAACCAGGGUUUAUCCGGAGAGAUACUGUCGAUUGCUGAAAAGUGAAGGAGGCUUGGAACUGUUAGAGACUCUUGAAGCGAAUCCAAGGGUAUUGUUGGAAGUGCAGAAGUUAGCGAGGACUGUGAUAGAACAAGUCUUGGCAGGUCUGCAGAAAAAGAAUUCUCCUCAAGAACAACAUCAAAUAGAUGAAAGUUCUGAUGACUAAAAAUGCAUAUUCUUAUUUCCUUAUUAAAAUUUUUAUUUGUUUGACUUUUAACUUUUGCAUUUCUUCGAGCAUGUGAAAAAUGGCUUUCUUAAAUGUCUUUCAUGAAAAUUUUGUACAAUGUAUUGUUUGCGUAUUUAUUGAAGUGUAUUAAAAACUUAAAAGAAAACAGAAAAAUGAAAUUAUUUAAUGUUUCUUGAAUAAGCACAACAGAGACUGUGCCAAAACCUACAUGUUAAUAUCCUUUGUUAUUUACCUAUAAAAUAAUUAUACAUACAGUAUAAGUAAGUAAUUUUGGUCAGGUCCUUUUGUGCUUUGUUAUAUAUAGCUAUUAUUUAACUUAAACAGUGUGCAAGAAAUGCAUAUCACUUUAUUAAUCUUACACAACAUUUGCUAUUUCUAUUUAUAAAGUUUUAGAAAUAUAAUUUUUGUGAUUGAAUUCCAAGGAGAUUUACACAUGUAUAUAUGUAGAUGGUUUUUUUCCCCCCUUUUUUAAUGCCUACCCAAAUCAGGAAUGUUGGUGGUACCUGAGUGUAUUAUAACUAUGAGAGAUGGAGAAUUAAUAUUGAUAAAAAUGAUUGUUGUUGAAAUGUCAAGAAUUCUGCUUUAUCAAGAAAAUGUUUACAUGAGAUUUUUUUUGAAAGGGAGUUGGGAAUUUCAUCAUGCCUGUAUUCAUAUGACAAUAAAAUUUAUUUCUUUCAAAGUUUUUUUUUAGGAAUUCAUGUAAAGUUCUCAUAUGUGUAUGGGUUCAAAGAAGAAAAAAAAACUUCUUAUUACAUUUCGAUUAUUUUUUAAUAUGUAAAAAAAAACAACAAAAAACAUACCAUUUAACUCAUUGAAAUUCAAAUGUACCAUCAUCCUGCUUUUUUCAAAGCUCCCCCCCCCCCAAAAAAAAAAACAACAAACAAACAAAAAACAAAAACAAAACAAAAACAAACAAAUAAAACAAAAACAAAAUUGCCAUUUUUACCAAAUAUUUUGUUCUCCAAGUUAAAGCAAAUGUACUAUGGAUACCAGACCAAAUGUUUACAAGUUAUGAUGAGAAAUACACACACAUUCUUCACCCCCUCUUGGUCAGAAUACGACACAAAAAAUAAAUCCAAUUUAAACCACCAGUAUGCCUAAUUAAAAGGUAUACAUAUUGUACAAUUAACUGAUACUCAGAAACUUGUAUUUACAUUUUAGGUAAGUACUUACCUUGGAGAUGGUGGUGUUUAGUAGUCUUUUAGAACCAAAUGAACUUUUGUGAUAUUUUUUUGUUUUUUGGCAAUAGUAUGUACUUAUCGCAUUGUUUUUCCUCUAAAGAACCAUGCACUGAGCCCCUAUAAACCAAAUAUCUCUAGAUAAAAGAUAUACAUUUUUUUUCUUAGUAAUCAUAUCCAUAGCCAUGCCAUGAAUAACAUUUAUAAAUAUUACAGGUACAAUUUAAUACAAAUGUGUAACUUUGUCCAUUUAUGUGGUGAUCAGUUACCUGCAUUAAUUUCCAAAGUAUUUAUAACUUCCAUUUAAGAUUAAAAUCCUCAUGCUUUUAUUACCUUUUCUUAAUUUGUUUACUUUCUUUGCUAAUUAAACAAUAUAUAAUUGAUUGGAUGUGAAUGACUUGUGCAUUUUAAUUCUUGUACAAGGACCUGUAGGCAUUUACUUAUACAUACAGUGAUUUGUAAAUGGUGAAAUGUAAUCUCUUGAUUUUUAAAAUAUUAUUGACAAGAUGUCAAUAUACAAGUAAAUGUAGUUUGAAAUAUGCAUCUAAUUUAUACAAUUUGAUGUGUACUAUGUAUAUCUUGUUAAACAUUUACGGUAAAAAUCUCAGAGACACUUUGUACAUUGACAAUAUUUGUCUCAAGGACUGAGUGCUGAUACUAUAGUAACGUGUCAUAAUUAUAUGUAGUAUGUUUCUUAAUUGAUAGUUUACUCUUUACUGUAUGUAUAUUUUUGAGACCAUUCUGUUUUUUUCUUUUUUUCUUUUUUUUUUGGCAAAAUUUACCACUUUUUCUUGUAUUUACAUGUGUAUUGUUUUCUGAAAUUUCCUUCAGUAUUACUGUGCAUUACCAUUUUCAAAGAAUCUACAGAAUAUGUUUUUACUGUUCAGCUUUUUUGGAUGGUUUUUGAUUUAAAAACAUGAUGUUGAUCGUGAGCAUGUAUGCAGCCUGAAUGAAAAUUGACACUGUUAUUCUGAGAUUAAUACAAAUAAUAGUUGCAUAUGACAUA